AUUACUAAUUAGUAAAUCAAGAAGAUUUAAUUAUUGAAAGUUACUUAGCAAUUUUAUUACUUCAUUAAGCAAAAAAGAAUGGUUAGAGGAAUGAUGGGUUGGGGAGCUAAUACUAAUGAACAAGGAUGGAGGAAAGGACCUUGGACUCCUGAAGAGGAUAAGCUUCUCUCUGAGUAUGUUAAUUUGCAUGGUGAGGGAAGAUGGAGUUCUGUAUCUCGUUGUGCAGGAUUGAACAGGACUGGGAAGAGUUGUAGACUAAGAUGGGUGAAUUACUUGAGGCCUGGACUUAAAAGAGGUCACAUAACACCUCAAGAGGAAGGGAUUAUUAUUGAAUUACAUGCUUUGUGGGGCAACAAAUGGUCAACAAUAGCACGUUACUUGCCUGGAAGGACAGAUAACGAGAUAAAAAAUUACUGGAGAACACAUUUCAAAACAAAAGUAAAAGUUCCUGUAAAGCAAGAUAAGAAAAGAAUUCUGAGGCAGAUGAGAAACCAAACACAGCAAAAUUAUACCAACGUAUCCACAACGGACAUGUCACCUCAAGCAGAAGAAGUGAUCAUGAUCAAGAGCGAUAACGAUAACAUGUUUAGUAUUAAUUAUAAUAAUGAUGAGGAUCCGGUUGAGUUGCCACCAGUGACAACUACUUCAGACACAUGGACGGAGAAUUUUCCGAUGGAUGGAUUAUGGAACAUAGAUGAUGAGUUGAAGGUGGCAAUUCAAAAUCAAGCAGCUACUGCUAAUUGUUCUUACGGAACUGAUUAUGCAGUAAACUUAUAUAAUGGAGGUUUUAUUUUCUGAAAAAUAAUGGCGUUCAUAAUGGAACUAAGUAAUUAAUUAGUCAGAUGGUACGUGUAUGUUCAAAAUGCUUUUAAUUUUGAAGAAAAAGAUUUGGUUAUAGUACAAGUGAUUGAUUAUGGUUCUGUAUGAUGAUUUGUAUUUAAUUAACAUGAUUAGUUAAUUUGAUGAA